UGUUACUUUGCCUGCUGUCUUCAAGGCUCCAAUUUGUCUAGAUAUUGUAAAUUUUGUUCAUACCAACUUGAGAAAAAAUAACUGGCAACCUUAUGCUGUCAGUGAAUUAGCAGGUCAUCAGACCAGUGCUGAGUCUUGGGGAACUGGCAGAGCUGUUGCUCAAAUUCCUUGAGUUUGGGGUGGAGGGACUCAUCGCUCUGGCCAGGGUGCUUUUGGAAAUAUGUGCUGAGGAGGUCGCUUGUUUGCUCCCACCAAGACUUGGUGCCAUUGGCAUCAGAGAGUGAACACAACACAAAAACGUUAUGCCGUUUGUUCUGCCUUGGCAGCCUCUGCCCUGCCAGCAUUGGUGAUGUCAAAAGGUCACCGAAUUGAAGAAGUUCCAGAACUUCCUCUAGUGGUUGAAGAUAAAGUGGAGGGUUAUAAGAAGACCAAGGAAGCAGUUCUGCUGCUUAAGAAGCUGAAGGCAUGGAAUGACAUCAAAAAGGUCUAUGCUUCUCAGCGUAUGCGAGCUGGUAAGGGUAAAAUGAGAAACUGUCAUCAUAUCCAGCGUAGGGGACCUUGUAUCAUCUACAAUGAAUUCAAUGGUAUUAUCAAGACCUUCAGAAACAUUCCUGGUAUUACUCUCCUUAAUGUAACCAAAUUGAACCUAUUGAGACUUGCUCCUGGUGAGCAUGUUGGGCAUUUCUGUAUUUGGACUGAAAGUGCCUUCUGUGAGUUGGAUGAGCUGUAUGGUACAUGGCGCAGGCCUGCCAAACUGAAGAGUCAUUACAAUCUUCCAAGGCACAAGAUGACCAACACAGACCUUACCAGGAUUUUGAAAAGCCCGGAAAUCCAUAGGGCCCUCCAUGCACCAUGCAAAAAGAUUCAUAGACGAGUACUCAAGAAGAAUCCUCUGAAAAACUUGAGGAUCAUGGUGAAACUAAACCCAUAUGCCAAGACAAUGCACUGAAAUAUAAUUCUACGCCAAGCUAAGAAUAGGAGAAUCAGAGAAAACAAAAGAGCUGCUGCACUAAAGAAGAUUAUGGAGGCAAAGAAGGCAAUAGAUGAGAAGAAGAAGAAAAA